AAUGAAGAGCGAGAGCUGUAGUGUGCAGGGGUGUGUGUGUAUGCGAGUAGAUAUAAUAUCACAUACCUGUCCCUGUCACUCUGGCUCUCCUUGUAGCUCUCGGAAUUAAAUCGAGUUAUCUUUUUCACAGCCGAAACUAAAAAAAAACUUAAACUUUCUUUAGCGAUGGGUUUAUUUUAAGACGAUUUAAGCCGUUUUUGCGUGUUGUUUUGCGUGAUUGAAUUGAGAAACGAACAGAGUUCUUGUGAACCCUGACAACGUUUGCCUAUACUGGACAAAUUGGUCUAUUUUAUUUAUUUCUUUUCCGUCUGAAUUUAUGCCUGCAUUUUUGUGAUCUCCGCUGAGGAAGUUGUUUGCGAGGCUUGCGUAAAUCGCUUGCGAUAUCCAUGACCUCUAUGAAGGAUCCGUUGAGUUUGGACCACCAUCACCACAAUCACCACAUAACCGGGAGUAAACAAACGACGCUUACGAUGGCCUCUAGUCUGCAGCCGCUCCAGCGGUCUGUGGACUCGAAACACAGGCUGGAGGUACACACAUUAUCAGACACCUCCAGUCCAGAGUCCGUAGAGAAAGAAAAGGGACAGAGUAAAAAUGAAGAUUCGACCGAUGACCCAUCGAAAAAGAAGAGACAGAGGCGGCAACGAACGCAUUUUACCAGCCAACAGCUCCAAGAACUGGAGGCCACUUUUCAGCGGAACCGCUACCCGGAUAUGUCCACUAGAGAGGAAAUCGCCGUUUGGACAAAUUUAACCGAGGCCAGAGUCAGGGUGUGGUUCAAGAACCGACGGGCAAAAUGGAGAAAAAGGGAGAGGAACCAACAGGCAGAGCUGUGUAAAAACGGUUUCGGCCCGCAAUUUAAUGGACUUAUGCAGCCAUACGAUGACAUGUAUCCCAGUUAUACGUACAACAACUGGGCUGCAAAGGGGCUCACAUCGGCAUCUCUGUCUACCAAAAGCUUCCCCUUUUUCAAUUCCAUGAACGUAAAUCCGCUGUCGUCUCAAACCAUGUUCUCCCCACCCAACUCAAUUUCUUCAAUGAGUAUGUCCUCCAGUAUGGUUCCGUCUGCUGUCACCGGGGUACCCGGAUCAAGCUUAAACAGCCUCAAUAACUUGAAUAACCUCAGCAACCCCUCUCUAAAUUCUGGAGUUCCUACGCCGGCGUGUCCUUACGCCCCACCGACACCUCCGUAUGUUUACCGGGACACUUGUAACUCCAGUCUUGCCAGUCUGAGACUGAAAGCUAAGCAGCACUCGAGUUUUGGAUACGCAAGUGUGCAGAACCCGGCCUCCAAUCUUAGCGCUUGCCAGUACGCAGUGGAUAGACCGGUGUAAGAGACGACUGUAAAGUUUACAAUCUCGAAUCCCGGGAACGAGAGACUACAUUUUUUGUUUAAUGGGCACUACAAAAAUAAACCACUGAAAAAACAAAUCCUGUGAUGGAAUGUCAAGCAGAAACGGAAGCAAAUAAGAAUCGUGCUUUGCGCUAGCAAGUGUACGCUAGCCAGUGUAGACCUUAUAAUAAUAUUUAAGAAAAACCCUCGUUUAUUUUGACAUUUUAAUUUUUUGGACAUUAAUUGACUGAAUGGUUGUAUAUAGGCUAGGCUAUAUAUAUAUCUUAUCAUCUCCGAUUUGUAGAGGCGAAAACUCUGACUCUUUAGCAUUUUCAAAAAAUCUGUUUAACACAGCAUGUGGAAAAAACGUACAGGAAUUAUGUCUUGCUUGCGAACAAGGGAAUGUACAUACUAAACGCACCAGUCGUGUGUUAUAUUAUAAAUUUAUUAAUAAAUGUCUGUGUGAAUAUAGAUCUAGAAUAGCAACCCUGGGUAUUAAUACGCAAAUGUUUCUGAGAAAUGAACUUGGUUUUACUCUGUGUAUACUAUUUGGUACGAAUUUUUGUUUCGUUUUUCAACAUCCCAAAAAUAAACUAUUGUGUUUUAUUUAA